AUGGGGAGCAAAAACCAAGGGAAUAGAAGUUAUCGACGAACAGCAAAAGGUUUUUUAAGAAAAUCUGAUUCAUAUAUGCCCAUAAGACUGGCUGGGGACCUUGUAUUAUUCGCUGCUCAUGGAAUCAAUAUAAUAGUAAUGCAUUUAGCGUUACAGACCGAUAUUAUGAAGGAGAAAGAUCUUACGGAAUUCCAUUCACUACAGUGGAAAUAUAUAACUAUCUGGAAUUUGGCAUUCCAAAUUGCUUACCUUCUGAUGGCAAUCGCGUGUGAUAUUUCCUCAUUAUUUAAAAUAUUUGAAGAAAACAAAAUCGUGGAACAAAUUAAACGUUACAGGAAAACAUUCUUUUCAGCUGUUGUCUGGCCUUCAAGUAUUCUUGUUAGCUCGCUAUUUUGGCCGAUAUUCCUUUAUGAUCGAGAACUUGUUUUCCCAUCUUAUAUUGACAAGGUUCUUUCCACCUCUUCAAACCAUAUGAUACACUCUUUCAUAACUGUCGUGGUUGUAUGGGAGCUCAUUACUUUUCCCAGAAGUAGACCGCAGUCACAUAAGUGGAACUUGAUGCAAUUAGCUGUUAUUUACGUGGCUUAUCUGGUUGUGUUCAUAACAAACUACCACAUCACAGGAUUAUGGCCAUACCCACUACUGUAUAGUAUAUAUGGAACGAUAUAUUUCCCACUAUUUUUAUUUGCAGUAUUUAUAAUUUAUUUAAUUGCAUACUUUAUACAGUGGCCUCUUGUGAGCCUUAUACAUGGAUCUUCGAAGAAAGUGGCUGAAUGA